AGAAGACUUCAAGAGUAGAGAGUCACGAUGAGGAACAAAUCCUCUUACCUUUUAUGUCUUUUCCUUUUUAUUUCACUCACCUUGUUUUGCAAAUCAAAUGCAGGAAAACUUGUGGUUUACUGGGGCCAAAAUAAAGGGGAAGGAAAACUGACAGAUACAUGCAACACUGGACUCUUCCAAAUAGUAAACAUAGCAUUCCUCUCAACAUUUGGGAAUGGUCGCCAACCUCAAAUCAAUCUCGCAGGCCAUUGUUACCCUGAAUCAAACGGUUGCCAAAGAGUGGGAAUAGGCAUCAAGAACUGCCAAAGUAGAGGCAUUAAAGUUAUGCUUUCCAUUGGUGGUGAUGACACAAAGAAAACCUACUCUUUGUCAUCUGCAGAUGAAGCUAGACAAGUUGCAGACUACAUUUGGAAUAACUUUUUGGGAGGGCAAUCAAACUCCAGACCCUUUGGGGAUGCUAUAUUGGAUGGGGUGGAUUUUGACAUUGAAGGUGGUGAACCUCACUAUGCAGCACUUGCUAGAAGGCUUCAUGAUCAUGGUGCUGGUUCUAGAAAAAAGUUUUACUUAACUGCUGCACCACAAUGUCCAUUCAAAAAUAAUAUACUCAAUGGGGCACUUUCUACUGGGCUUUUUGAUUAUGUGUGGGUUCAGUUUUAUAACAAUCCUGUUUGUGAGUUUACCACAAACAACCCUAAUAGCUUUAAGAAUUCAUGGAACCAAUGGAUCACAUAUCCUGGCCAGAUUUUUGUUGGACUUCCUGCCUCUAAAGCAGCAGCUGGUAGCGGUUUUGUGCCAUCACAAGCUCUCAUAAAUCAAUUGCUGCCCCUUGUUCGGUCACCUAAGUAUGGAGGUGUAAUGCUCUGGGAUAGGUACAACGAUUUGCAAUCUGGAUAUAGUGGUAAAAUCAAAGGAAGCGUUUGAACCUACGGGACAAAAUUCUAAUUUGUCUCCACUAGUAAAUAAUGUUCAAGGAACCUAUGCUUUUCAAAUAAUUGUCUUUAACUACUGAUUCAAAUCUUCAGUCCCAUUUCACUAUAUAUAUAUAUAUCUAUAUAUAUAUAUAUAUAUAUAGUCCAUCUAGUGUUCGGUCACUGGAUAUAAAAUUUUGUCUAA